AUCCACAGGAAGGCAUGCACCAAAUGCAUAAGGUAAUAAUUUAUUACAAGUGAACCUUUUGUUCUUAAAAGUUCUCCCCAUUGAAUAGAAACCCAACUUCUACAGCAUUUAGGCCUGCAUAACUGUUACUAAAAGUCACGUAUCACCUGCAAAACUGCAACAACACUGUUAGUGCUUUCUUUGUUGCUAAAGAUGAUGCACACAUGAGAUUACAUACAGCUUCUUUGCUCUGAAUAAGCUACCUUGAAUUGCAGACCUGGUAGUUUGGAAAUUCUCAUUUUUGAGCUGUGUGCUUUCCAGUACACUAGACCUUACUAAAGAAAAUGUUGGAAUUAUAAGUAUUAAAACCUUACAGUAGAUGAUUCUAACCACCCUUUACUUUUUGUCCUUAUCUGUUUUGGAGCAUCAUGCUGCUGUAAAAUUUUCUGGGUUCUUCUUUAGUUUUGCAUGAUUUAAUUUGAUUUAAUUACGAUUUGAUUUAAUUUUGAUAUUUGUCUUAAUACUUAUAACUCUUAAUGGCUUGUGCCUACAAAUUUGCUUAAUCUUUUGUGUAGAUGAAAAACCUUGUUUUGAAAUUCUUGUACAUAGACUCCUUCUUAUUAAUGAAUUUUAAACUCCAUAUUGUAGAAUGUGUGAAUAAUUGUACAUUAGCUGUUGCCGUACACUUAAUGUUACACGUGUAUUUGGACUAUUCUUAAUGUCUUCUGCUUUGAGAAUUUUUUUUGCAGGAGCAGAAUUUUCUGUUUGAGAACAAUCUCUUACAUAGUGUCAUUUUCAUGUGGCUGUGAACCACAUUUUUGGAACUAAUGAUCACUUAAACUUUACUGAUACUCUACUUUCAGAAAAAUGAAGUAGCAGCUUUUAGAGCCAAGAUUCUGAAAGCAUUUUGCUAACUUUUGUUGAUGCUAUGUGUUUCUUUUAUAAGCUGUUGUGGAUUGACUCUGUCUGACUGGCAGUGCCCACCUAAGCCAUUCUCUAACUUCCUCUGCAAGACAGGGCGGGAAGGUGCAGAAUAUACAGUGAUGAGAAAGUUAGUGGAUUGAAAAAAGGGCAGGGAAAUCACUCAGCGAUGGUUGUUGCAGGCAAAACAGACUAGAUUUGGGGAAGAUUAGUGAAAUUGGUAUCUGCAGGGCUGUUUCUCUCAAAUGUUCCCAUUCCUCUUUCUCACUACUACUGUGCAGUGUUUUAACCUUUCUCAAAACCAUUAUCACAGAGGUGCAACUGGCUCACAGCUCAGCUUUGGCCAGCAGUGGGUCCCUUUUGGAGCCAGCUGGAAACUGGCUUUCAGCUAGUGUGGGGUAGCUGCUGUGCUGUGCUUAGAGGCCACCUCUGCAGCUCCCUGCAACUGAGACCUUACUGUGUAAACUUACAUAUUAUGUAAGCACAUCGGUAAAGAAAUUCAAAUAAAAGUAAUAAUAUAAAGUAAUGUAAACAUAUCUUAAUUUUCCUCAUGAAUAGACAACUUUGUGUGUCAUUUUCACAUAUGGAUUAAUUUUAGUCAUUAAAGCAGUUAAAACAUCCAUUCAGUAGAGAAUAACAGUGUCAGUGCAUGGAGAACUGUAUCAUUAAGAUUUCUAAUAACACAAUGACAGCUGAUGUGAAGAAGGCCAUGAUCCAACUCCCUGUUUGUACUAAACUGUUGCAGUUAUAAUCUCUGAGAAAUCAAUACCUUAAAUAACUAUAAGUUAUGCAUGUGGAUUUUGAAGUAAGUUAGCAAUUAGCUAGGCUAGAUUUACUAUUUUCAGUUGAUAUUUCCUUGUUUGUGAGGUUGUUGGCUACCGAAGGUGCCAUUAGUCUGGUGAGUGCUCCAAACAUCAUAGAUGGAUGAGGUUUACAUCAUACAUCAUGAGGUUUACAUUCAAUUUUCUCAGUUUUUUCUUUAUUAAGAAAUUCUGUACUGGAAGAAAAUAAGACCAAACACCAGGAAUUUUGUAAUUCAGCUGUUUAUUAUUCCAUACAUUGUCUUCAACUGCUAUAUCUUGUUUCAUCUUGUAUGUUCAUAGAUUCACAGAAUAGUUUGGGUUGAAGGGGACCUAAAAGAUCAAGAUGUUCUUCAGAUGUCUGAUGUUAUAUCAGCAUUAGAAAUAAUCAUUAAAUUUAUUUCAGAGAUAGUGUGUGUGUGAGAGAGACAGAGAGAGAGAAGCUGAGACUAAGCUACAAAAUAAAUCUGUUGAACUGAUGCAGGUGGAAAAGUUUUUUUUCGUUUGUUUUUUCUUUUCAGUCUAGAUCAGUUUUAUAGCCUGUUCUCAUGUACAGCUCCAGAAACAGUGCAUUGAGACAACUACGAGAGAAGUUCUGGGAAGGGUCUGUUCAAGAAAUAGUGUGAAAAUGUGCCUCCAGACUGUUUUGCAAAUGCUGCUUGAUUGACAUUCCAUGUAGUUAAAAAAAAAAAUCUGGCCAGCCACUUGUAAUUUUCAGUUUGACUAGGUAGUUUUUUUUCUGUCUGUUUAGCUUUAUUUAAAGCUGUUUGGCCUUUAUGUCACGAUGUAACAUGGUGUUUUGGUUUUUUGUUUGUUUGUUUUGUUUUUUUAAUCUUUUUUUUUAAGAGGACAAGUAAAAGUGUAGUAAAAGUGAGAGAGUAAGCAAAAAACUGUCCCAUUUAUGCAAUUACUUAUUGUGUGUACGUUGUGCAUAUGCAGUGGCAUUGUGGUUCUCACUUUCAAAAUCCACCAAGAAGGUGGUAAAGUACAUCGAUUCUUCGUUAGAUGUUUGACUAGCUUACAUACCUUAAUGCAUAAAAAUGAAAGUAUGCAAAAGUAGGUAAAUAACUGAUUAAGUAAGUUAUGCUUCCUAAAGUUUAUUUACUUAAAAGCAGUUACUGUUGAAGGAUGGAGACUGUAUAUUCACAUAAUAACCCCAAAAGACUUCCACAGGAAAGUUUACAGUUGAUUUAUAUAAUAACAUAGUUUUGAUAGAAACAGUAAGUUAAUUAUCUUUCCUGUUACUUGCUCAAGAAAUGUUUAGACUACCAAUGAAAUUGUCAGGAAAGUCAUUACAAUUCCAGUUUUUACUGGUGUGCAUUUCGGGUGCAAGAGAACACAGAUUCAAGGAGAGAUACUUAGAGAUCCUUUGGGGCACUGUGACAUGGGUAAACUGUAACAGCCUUGGAUUUUAUCAUGAGCUGAAAAUAAUCAGAAGGUGGGAAAAUAUUAGAGGAAAGUAUAGUUACACAAUUGCCUUGAUUUUACUUUUCCAGGGAAUUUACUGUUUUGGUCUUGCAAAGCAAGGUUUUGGUAAUGAUGCUGCUGUUACAUAGGUUCAAGUCAUCAGCUAACUUUGUAACUAUGUAGCGUUUCAAAGAGGUUGUGAAAAACUAACCAUAUUUCAAGUUGUGUAGUCCUUAUCUAUUCGGUUUUACAUAUUCUCCCAUGUACCAUAGUGGUACUUCUAGAUUAAAUAUAUCCUUGAAAACACAGGUCUCAUUGCAUAACUUAACAUCACUGAAACUAAUUUUGUCUUGGAAGAAAUUUAUGCCACCUUCGUCUUUCUUUUAGCUUUUUUAGUAAAAACAGAUCCAUCAGUUCUGCCUUUUUAAAUCUGCUUCUAAUGAAUUUCUCUUUUAGACUUUUCCACAGCGUAAUUUCUGCAAACACAGUGAAGAAAACCCAAUUUUUGUUAAACUUAUUCUCCCCUCUGUUUGACUUGAAACAUUUUGGUUUGUUACAGGUUUUGUUUUGUUUUCAAUUUUUUUUUUUUUGGAAAAAAGAUCUCUUACAAAACCUUGUGCUUUUGGUCAGCUCUUCUUCCCACAGAACCAUUCCUCCAGCUGGAAUUUCUGUUUAUGGUCACAUGCCUAUCUUUCCAUUCCUGUUUGUUUUGCCUUAAAUUCUUUUUGAAAGGAGAAGUGUGGGCAUGUAUUUGCUUUCUUCUUCCUUGCUGCUCUUCAUUAGCACCCAAAUGGUUUGUCCACCUCCUCCUGUCUGCUUGUGUUUUUGAUGCCUUGGAUAUGUAUGUUGUGUACCAUCUCAGUCUCUUCGAAGUUUCCAGCAUCAAUAGAGGCUGCACUGUUGCUGUCCAUUAAUGCAGUGAUGCUUAUCCCUGCUGUCACACCACAGGUGUGCACAGCCAUAGUCCUCUGUUAAAAGAAAUCAGAUCUGGUUUCCUGCACAAUAUGUUUCUCCUCUUGGAGGUCCUAAAGAUUGAGUUAUAGAUACGUACUGUAGCAAAAUAGGAAUAGUUCUGGCUGCACAAGUGUUUCUGUUUGUGUAAUAUUCAGCUCUGUAAGAUAUGAACUAAGCAUUCUCAUCAGGGUUGGUUGCCUUUAUAAAAAGGGGAGAAGAGACAGGAAGAACAUUUUGUGCUUCAGAAAAGGGUGUUAGUUUUACUUGGUCAGCACAGUGAAACUAUUUUUUGUGUGUCAGUCUAUCUCUACAUUUCUGUUCCAUAUCCCAAGUUCAUGUACUCAAACAUAGUGUAUCAGAUUUUUUUUUUCUGAUACAAGUUCUUUUCACAAAUGUUUUUGUAUUGGCAUGAUUAAACAUUGUAUUGAAACAAAGCUCCUCUUUGCUUCUCCUUUUUUUGUAACUUUUCUCUUAGUUUCUGGUAAGGAAAAAAUGAUGGUGAAAUGCUUCAAAAAUGCUGACCUAAAAAAAAAAAAAAAACCAGCACCUUUUGUUUAAAGAUACUUUAAAUCUAGUAAAAUUAUUUUGGUGGAAAAUUAGUAAUUUUAUGAAGGAUUUACAAAUAAAAUGUAGAAUUUUAUCUUCUUUCCCAUUUUCUAUAUAAAAAGGAUAACCUAUGUUUAAUUAAUCCAUAUGCAACAAAUUUCUCAAAGAGAAGAAAUUUAUCCAUGUUUUCCUUUAACUUAAUGUAGCUUCCUAGGAACUUUUUUGUUGGCAACCUAUAUUUUUAAUUGGAAUAAGUUUUUCUAACUCUUUUUAAAAAGUGUUCCCAAUUAAUAGGUGUGCAUUUAUAUUAAACAGACUGCAAGGUCUCUGUGUACAAUAGGGCUUGCAAUAACAGUAUUUAGUGUGCCUGCAUAUAUGUUUUAGAGUGGAGCAGCUUGAUGCUUCUGUGUAGAGAUUAGUGAUGUCAGCCUUUUGUUUCCUAGUACCAAGCCUUGCAAAUGGUCUGAAGUUAUCAGUGAGUAAGCAGAAUUUCAUUUCAGUUUAGGGACCUUGUGUAAUUUUUGUUCUCAGGGAGACCUUUUUAGUUUUCUUAAGGCAUCUUUUUCUUCUGGUACCGCUUUUUGCCUUGUUUACAUCUUUGGAGUCUUAUAGUUUCUAUUAAGGAACAAUUUCCAGUGCCCUGCAUGCCUCCAGCAUGUUUUUCUGACCUCAAGCUGUCUUCUCUGCACCGUCUUUGGAAGACAUUUGGCCCUGUUCUGCAUACCAAGUACCAUGGUAACUGUAGUUCUUGAGGAGUGAAUAAGGUAUCAGGAACUGUAGGGAGUGCAAGUAUUUGAGUAGGACCUUGUCUCCCAUUCCUUGGUUGCCUUAACCUCUUAUUUGCAGGCAAAACUAGGGAACCUCUAGCAAUUAUAUCUUUGUGUUCGAAGAGAAAAAGUGUUUGGGACAUUCCAGUACAGCAGAGACAGAAAGGGCAAAGUUUGGGCUAAAAAUAGCUCAAGCCAAGCCACAGGCUGUACUUUAACAAGUUGGUGUAUGUUACACCGCUUUGUAAUAUGAGACCAGUGCUGUUCAUGUGCUUGUAUGUGGGCAGUUUGCCUCCCUGGCAUUGCCAAACAAAUCCUAAGGAGGGGGGGAAAAAAAAGUCAAAAAAAGAGACAAAGGGAACGAAUGAGCAGUCCAGUGGUACUUUGUGCUUUCCAAAAUGUUUGAUUCCAGGGUCCAUUGAUGGCUUGCAUGAGAAAGGAAUGGUUGAAGACGUUCAUUGUGGCUCCAUGAAGACUAUGCGACCUCCUCACCCUGGGAUGGGCCCACCUCAGAGUCCAAUGGACCAGCACAGCCAAGGUUAUAUGUCUCCACACCCGUCUCCACUAGGAGCACCAGAGCAUGUGUCCAGUCCAAUGUCUGGAGGAGGUCCAACUCCACCCCAGAUGACUCCCAGCCAACCGGGACCUAUUAUACCUGGGGACCCACAAGUUAUGAAUCAACCCAACAGAGGUCCUUCCCCUUUCAGCCCUGUACAGCUGCACCAACUUCGGGCUCAGAUUCUAGCAUACAAAAUGUUAGCUAGAGGUCAGCCUUUGCCAGAAAAUCUCCAGCUUGCUGUUCAGGGGAAACGGACCCUUCCUGGUAUUCAACAGCAGCAGCCUCCCAGUGCCUUCAACAGACAGUCUGGUAUUGGGAUGCAUGCAAUGAGUGGUGCUGCAACUGGACCAGGGCCUGCUGCAGGAAUACCUGGACAUACAGCUGCCAUUACCUCUAAAACUUGGAAUGAAGGUACAGGCCAAACCCCAGAUAUGAGUGUCUCCAGUGCACCGCAAAAACUUCCUGCACCAUCUCCAAGUGGGAGGCCUUCUCCUGCCCCUACAGCUGCCCAGCCUGCUGCUGCUAUGCCUGGGCCUUCUGUACCACAGCCACCACCUGGACAGCCUUCCCCCAUUGUUCAGCUGCAGCAAAAGCAGAAUCGCAUCAGCCCUAUUCAAAAGCCACAAGGAUUAGACCCCGUUGAAAUUCUUCAAGAACGUGAAUAUAGGCUUCAAGCACGAAUUGCUCACAGAAUCCAGGAACUGGAGAACUUGCCAGGUUCUCUGCCCCCUGAUCUGCGAACCAAAGCGACGGUGGAGUUGAAGGCACUUAGGUUACUGAAUUUCCAGCGCCAGUUGAGACAAGAGGUAGUAGCCUGUAUGCGUCGUGAUACAACCCUGGAGACGGCACUGAACUCCAAGGCCUAUAAACGAAGCAAGCGCCAGACUUUGAGGGAGGCACGUAUGACUGAAAAGCUUGAGAAACAGCAGAAGAUAGAACAGGAGAGGAAGCGUAGACAGAAGCAUCAGGAGUACCUGAAUAGCAUAUUGCAGCAUGCUAAAGACUUCAAGGAGUACCAUCGGUCAGUGGCUGGCAAGAUUCAGAAACUUUCCAAAGCUGUGGCAACUUGGCAUGCCAACACUGAACGUGAGCAGAAGAAAGAAACUGAGAGAAUUGAGAAAGAAAGAAUGAGGAGACUAAUGGCUGAAGAUGAAGAAGGCUACCGUAAGCUGAUUGACCAAAAGAAAGAUAGACGCCUGGCCUAUCUGUUGCAGCAGACAGACGAGUACGUUGCUAACUUGACUAAUCUGGUAUGGGAACAUAAACAGGCACAAGCAGCCAAAGAAAAGAAGAAGAGGAGGAGAAGAAAGAAGAAGGCUGAAGAGAAUGCAGAAGGCAUGGCAUCUGGUCUUGGUCCUGAUGGAGAGCCCAUAGAUGAGAGCAGCCAGAUGAGUGACCUUCCUGUCAAAGUGACUCACACUGAAACAGGCAAAGUUCUUCUUGGUCCAGAGGCACCAAAAGCAAGUCAGCUAGAUGCUUGGCUGGAAAUGAACCCUGGCUAUGAAGUUGCUCCCAGGUCAGACAGUGAAGAUGAAAGUGGUUCUGAAUAUGAGGAGGAGGAUGAUGAAGAAGAAUCAAGCAGAUUAGAAGCAGAUGAGAAGAUACUCCUGGAUCCUAACAGUGAAGAAGUUUCUGAGAAAGAUGCUAAGCAAAUAAUUGAGACAGCCAAACAAGAUGUGGAUGAUGAAUACAGUAUGCAAUAUAGUGCUAGAGGGUCUCAGUCCUACUACACAGUUGCACAUGCAAUCACAGAAAGGGUGGAAAAGCAGUCUUCUCUUCUAAUUAAUGGCACACUAAAACAUUAUCAGCUUCAGGGACUGGAAUGGAUGGUUUCACUCUAUAAUAACAAUCUGAAUGGGAUUUUAGCUGAUGAAAUGGGUCUGGGAAAGACAAUUCAGACUAUCGCACUUAUCACUUACUUGAUGGAGCACAAAAGGCUCAAUGGCCCCUAUCUCAUCAUUGUUCCCCUUUCGACAUUAUCCAACUGGACAUACGAAUUUGACAAAUGGGCUCCUUCUGUGGUGAAGAUAUCUUACAAGGGUACACCUGCAAUGCGCCGCUCACUUGUUCCUCAGCUUCGAAGUGGAAAAUUUAAUGUUCUUUUGACUACUUAUGAGUACAUAAUAAAGGACAAACAUAUCCUUGCUAAGAUUCGAUGGAAAUACAUGAUAGUAGAUGAAGGUCAUCGAAUGAAGAAUCAUCACUGCAAACUGACUCAGGUCUUGAACACUCACUAUGUGGCCCCUAGGCGAAUUCUACUGACUGGGACACCAUUGCAGAAUAAAUUGCCUGAACUGUGGGCUCUUCUCAAUUUCCUUCUCCCAACCAUCUUCAAGAGCUGUAGCACCUUUGAACAGUGGUUCAAUGCUCCAUUUGCCAUGACAGGAGAAAGGGUGGACUUAAAUGAAGAAGAAACUAUUCUGAUCAUCCGUCGUCUCCAUAAAGUACUCCGACCCUUCUUGCUGAGAAGACUGAAGAAGGAAGUAGAGUCUCAACUGCCAGAAAAGGUAGAAUAUGUGAUCAAAUGUGAUAUGUCUGCUCUCCAGAAGAUCCUAUACCGACACAUGCAAGCCAAGGGAAUCCUUCUUACAGAUGGUUCUGAGAAAGACAAGAAGGGAAAAGGUGGCGCAAAGACUCUUAUGAACACCAUCAUGCAACUGAGAAAGAUUUGCAAUCAUCCAUAUAUGUUUCAGCACAUUGAGGAAUCCUUUGCUGAACAUUUAGGCUACUCAAAUGGUGUCAUCAAUGGAGCUGAACUUUAUCGGGCCUCCGGAAAGUUUGAGCUACUUGAUCGUAUUCUACCAAAGUUACGAGCUACAAACCAUCGUGUGCUUCUUUUCUGUCAAAUGACAUCACUCAUGACCAUUAUGGAAGACUACUUUGCCUUUCGAAAUUUCCUGUACUUGCGUCUUGAUGGCACAACAAAAUCAGAAGACAGAGCUGCUCUCUUGAAGAAGUUCAACGAGCCUGGGUCACAAUACUUUAUCUUUUUGCUGAGUACAAGGGCUGGAGGGCUAGGCUUAAAUCUCCAGGCUGCUGAUACUGUUAUAAUCUUUGAUAGUGACUGGAAUCCUCACCAGGACUUGCAGGCACAAGAUAGAGCUCACCGAAUUGGCCAGCAGAAUGAAGUUCGAGUUUUGCGACUGUGCACCGUGAACAGCGUGGAAGAGAAGAUUCUUGCUGCUGCAAAGUAUAAGUUGAAUGUAGAUCAAAAAGUUAUUCAGGCUGGAAUGUUUGAUCAAAAGUCUUCAAGUCAUGAAAGGAGGGCUUUUCUACAGGCUAUACUGGAGCAUGAGGAAGAAAAUGAGGAAGAAGAUGAAGUUCCUGAUGAUGAGACUCUGAAUCAGAUGAUUGCUCGACGUGAAGAGGAAUUUGAUCUCUUUAUGCGUAUGGACAUGGACCGUCGUAGAGAAGAUGCCAGAAACCCCAAGCGCAAGCCCCGCUUGAUGGAGGAGGAUGAGUUGCCAUCGUGGAUUAUUAAGGAUGAUGCUGAAGUUGAAAGGCUCACGUGUGAAGAAGAGGAAGAAAAGAUAUUUGGAAGAGGAUCCCGUCAACGUAGGGAUGUGGACUACAGUGAUGCUCUCACAGAGAAACAGUGGCUGCGGGCAAUCGAAGACGGCAAUUUGGAAGAAAUGGAAGAGGAAGUCCGGCUUAAAAAGCGGAAGAGACGAAGAAAUGUGGAUAAGGAUUCUGGGAAGGAGGAUGGAGAGAAAGCAAAGAAAAGAAGAGGCAGACCUCCUGCAGAGAAAUUAUCACCUAACCCACCCAAACUGACGAAACAAAUGAAUGCCAUCAUUGAUACAGUGAUAAACUACAAAGACAGUUCUGGGCGGCAGCUAAGUGAAGUCUUCAUUCAGCUCCCAUCGAGGAAAGAACUACCAGAGUAUUAUGAAUUGAUUAGGAAACCAGUGGACUUCAAAAAAAUUAAGGAAAGAAUUCGCAACCAUAAAUAUCGGAGUCUUGGGGAUCUGGAGAAGGAUGUCAUGUUGCUGUGUCAUAAUGCUCAGACAUUCAAUCUGGAGGGAUCACAGAUCUAUGAGGAUUCUAUUGUUCUUCAGUCUGUGUUCAAAAGUGCACGACAGAAGAUUGCCAAAGAAGAAGAAAGUGAGGACGAAAGCAAUGAUGAUGAAGAUGAGGAUGAUGAAGAGGAGUCAGAGUCAGAAUCAAAAUCUGUGAAAGUCAAAAUCAAGCUGAAUAAGAAGGAUGAAAAAAGUCGGGAGAAAGGAAAAGGCAAGAAGAGGCAAAGCCGAGCAAAAGCCAAACCUGUUGUGAGUGAUGAUGAUAGUGAUGAGGAUCAAGAUGAAAAUGACCAGUCGGAAGCAAGCGGAAGUGAUGAUGAGUGAUCCAUAGGGUUUAUUUUCUUGGCAGAACUGACCCCUUCCCCUUCUCUUCUCCCUUCUCCUAUUUUAUGCCCAGUGAAUUCAUUUUGUCAAAUAGACAUUGGGUUGUUUCUGUAUUCUCAUUCUCUAUAAAUUAGCUUUAGGAUAGUGCCAGACAAAAAUAUGAUAUCAUGGUGUAAAAAAAAAAAAAAAAAAGUAAAAAAAAAAAAAAAAAGUUAAAAAAAAAAAAAGUAAUGUUGUGACCAAAUGGGCCUCAAAGAUUUAAAAAACUAAACAUUAAAAAAAAAAAAAAAAAAAGCUUUUGAUGGAAAAUGUGGGUUAGUAGUAUAUUUCUAUGGGCUGGGUUUAGCUUGGUAAUGGUUUGGCUUUACCUGGUUUUAUCAUUUGAUAAGAAGUUUUUAAGUGGCAUUGGAAAGACAAAAAAAAAAAAAAAAAAAAGUCUUUUGUAGCAUUGAUAACCAGGAGAAGCCAUUAAAAGUCACUGGUUAUUUUAUUGUUCAUCAGGCAGUUUUUGAGGUUUUUAUUUCUUCUGUAUUGUUUUUUUUUUUUUUUUUUUUUUUUUUUUUUACACUGUGGUACAUAUAUGCAACUUUGUUUAAUAGCUUAUAUUUGUACAGUAGUUAGCCUUCAUCCAUUUUGUCCCAUUUAUGUUUUUCCACUUACGCUUGACGAUCUUCAGAAAAAUGCUUUUUGAAUUGUAUCAAAUUUAUGUCUACUGUAAACUUUGCUUAACUUUUUUCUCCUUGAUUAAAAAAGUUGGGUUGAAAAAUGCUAUUGAAUAUUGCAAUCUAUAUAGUGUAAUGGAUGGCUUCUUUCAUCAGACUGAUCUUCUAUGUUACCAAUGUGGAUUAUCACCUUUUCCCUAAAGUGUACUUAAUCUUUGCUUUCUUUGCACAAUGUCUUUGGUUGCAAGUCAUAAGCCUGAGGCAAAUAAAAUUCCAGUAAUUUUGAA